UCAAGCGACGGCGACGAGGGCUAUUCGACAUAAAAUUAUAAUGGCUGCCUCUUUGCAGCAUUUUUCUUUGCACGAGUGUAAAGUUGCUCUCCAAGACAUUUUAAGGGCUUUCCGUGAACCCGAUAAUGUUAGUAGACUGGACGAAGCCAGAGAAAAUGCAGGGAAUGACAUGCUGAGGGCGAUGCAGACAGUUUUCCCAGUUGCCUCUCAAAUACAGAUGGAGGUCAUUGAGAAAUAUGGCUUUCCUGCUGAUGGAGAUGGGGUGAUACGGUUCACCCAGGCAGUGAAGGUUUAUGAGAAACAGGACCCAGAUGUGGCUCAGAUGAACAGCCAGCUUCGAUCCAUCUUGAUCCCACCAGUUCGGGCCCAGGGGAUGGUCAGCAAUGGGUCGUGACAGGGAAUUUCCCGCAAAUCUAGUUUUAGGCUAACUACAGACUGGAUCAGCUGUGUUGGCUGGUUGCUAUGUGAUACAUGUAAAUGCCUGCAAUAUUUGUACACUCUUUCUAUCUGUUUGCUACAUUAAAGAUUAUUUGUAGUAUGAAGUUGUUCUAGUGACAAGAAUUCCAUAUAUUGUGAGUAGUAUGUUGUUACAUUGUAUAAGGCUGUGCCACUUCACAAGGUACAAUGUAUGCAAUUUCAAAAGUAGAUUCUUUGAUCAAUCAUGAUGACACACAAUUACUAAUAAACAGCAUUGUGAUUGACUCUUUUGUACAAACCUGCAGACAUGCACCGUACCUUGUUUAUUAUAGAGCCAUUUAGAGACAUAUAUAAUUAUGUGUGUGUCUAUAUUGUCAUGUAGUUUGCAAUGAAUUGUUGAAUUUGCAUUUGCAAUUCACAUUAUUUUGUAAGCCAUACAUGUAAAAUGACGCAAUGUUUUAUGCUCUGAAGGGAUUCGUUCAUGUUUCUGUUAAGGUAUUUGUUCAGGUUUGAAAGGGUCCAACAUUGACAAAAAUAAAAUGAUCUGUGUGAAAUGUGAAGAAAAUGCUUGCUUACCGUAUGCAUUAAAAUUUCAUCGAAUAUUCAAAUACAUUGCUCUAUUUAAAUAAUGAAUUAAAAAAUUGCUAAAAAAAUCAGAAAAGUUUAAGUAAUGUUGUUGAAAACUGAAUUAUUUUAGGCUUGGAUGUCCAGACUUUCGUUGAAAUGAGUGUCUGCUGGUUUGUGUUUGUAAGUGCAACCAAGUUCAAACAAAAUGUUGACAAAAUCAAAUCUGAGUGAAUCUCUUCUUGUUUUGUAUUUAUGAAUAUUAUUAUCUUGUUUAAUUAAGCUUAUUUUCUGCAUGUGUUUUUGCAUUGUUUUAAUGUAGAUUGUGCAAAAUGGUGCAUUAUAUAUCAUUAAAUACAUAAAUUAC